ACCAUUCGCACAAUCUGAAAUCCUAACACCUUUUCCCCAUUUCUCCUAACGCCGGCGACUCCUUACCUCUCACUAACCAGAAGACGACAUCACCUGAGGCUCUGAUCUUCACUCCUGCUGUUUCCGUUGAACUUGCUGCUGCGUUCUUCGUCAAUCUUUCUCUCGUUCUACGCUCAAUCUCACACGGUGAGCGGGUGAGAUUCACCGUCUGUCUCUAUCAUUCUCGGCUCAAUCCUUCAGAUGGCUUUGAGGGGUGCUUGGCAACUGCAGAAGCUGAUUGUGAGCUAUUGCGAUUGGGGUGGAAGUAGCAGAGGAAUAAGGGCAUUUAUGGAGUCUCAGUUGCCAGCUUUUAAGGAGAAGAAUCCUCAACUGGAGGUGGUUACAGAACUUAUUCGUGGUCAGCAUCCCCAUCUGAAGGGCUUCUACAAGAACCACAACCACCGGGUGAUAUGUGUUAAGAAUAUGGAUCCAGAAGACAUACUUCUCCAUGCGACCAGGCUAAGGAAUGCAUUAGGAAGAAAAGUUGUGAAACUGAGGACUAGACAUGUAACCAAGCACCCUAGUGUGCAAGGUACAUGGACGACUGCUGUGAGAUUUUAAUUCGCUCAGAUCCAUGUUACUAGGAAUCCUUCUUGCUGCGAAAGUCUAAGUUGCCCAGCUUUUAACCUGUCCCAAUCACUGCGAACUUAUCAAAUAUUUUCUUUUCUUCUGAUUGCUAUGAUUCUCUCUUCCUCCACUCUUAUAUUGCGCAGUAAACUGAGCUUUAACUGCAUCGCAGAUCAGGGUCAGUCAAAUGUAUUAUAUUAUUAAUACAUUUCACUCUUCUUCAGUUUUAGAGUAGCUUUUUCGUAGGCUUGGCUAACUUCGUUAGAUUCUGGUGAGAAAGAUUUAGAACUCCGGUCUUCUAACUUUAUGUAACGUGUGCAAUUGGUACUCUAA